GCCGUGCUCGGGGCUCGGAAGAUGGAGGACUACGGGCGGUUCUUGGCGCUGCUGGUCUCGGCGCUGCUGCUCGGCUUCCUCUCGGUCGUCUUCUCCCUCGUCUGGGUCUUCCACUACCGCGAAGGGCUGAGCUGGGACGGCAGCCCGCGGGAGUUCAACUGGCACCCCGUCCUCAUCAUCACGGGCUUCGUCUUCAUCCAGGGCAUCGCUAUUAUUGUGUACAGGUUGCCCUGGACCUGGAAGUGCAGCAAACUCCUAAUGAAGUUCAUACAUGCUGGACUAAAUACCAUAGCUAUGAUUCUUGCAAUUGUUUCUAUGGUAGCCGUGUUUGAAUUCCACAAUGCCAAGAACAUUCCUAACAUGUACAGUCUGCACAGCUGGAUUGGGUUGACUGCUGUUAUAUUUUACUCUCUCCAGCUCGUCUUGGGUUUUGCUGUGUUUCUGCUCCCUUUUGCUCCAGUUUCUCUCCGAGCAGCUCUCAUGCCAAUACACGUUUAUUCGGGUCUUGCCAUCUUUGCAACAGUGAUUGCAACAGCUCUCAUGGGAAUCACAGAAAAGCUUAUCUUUUCAUUGAAAGAUCCUGCAUAUAGUGCAUCCCCACCAGAGGCAACUUUUGUCAACUGUCUUGGUCUUUUGCUUGUCAUAUUUGGUGCACUUAUUUUGUGGAUGGCAAGCAGGUCGCAUUGGAAGCGCCCCCCAGAAGAGAAUGCUAAAAUUCUGCAGCCCAUUGGAGGGACUCCUGAAGGCACAGAAGCAGAAUCCACAAUGACAGACGGUAGUAACGCAGAUAAAUCUGAUCUAAGAAUCAAUAGCGAAGCAGCCAGAAAGCAAAACCUCAAACUUGACGAAGCAGGCCAGCGAUCAACUAUGUAAAGAAAACACACAGAAUAACAGUACUAUUAUACUGCCAGCCCCCCCUUCUAAUUUAGUUAUAUUGAUAUAUAAAUAGGUUGGGAUUUUAUUUUCAGUAUGGCUUGCUCAAUGAUACUCAAGUUUUCUGCAUAUGAGUUUAAAUUCAGUAAGUCCCAAACAUAUUAUAUUGGUUCAUGCUCAGUCCUCAUUUAAAAGUCAAGAGUGGGAAUGACAUCACAUAAUGGGAAAAUCACAUAAUUGGAAAAAGUUUUCCAUAUCACUCCUUUAUUUAAUGCUUAUAUCUUUUAUAGUUAUGAAAAUUAAUGAGAUUGAGAAUAAAUUUUGCUUUGAGUGAUUUUGCAUGUUAUGAAUCAGAGUCAUGAGGCAUACCAGACAGCAGAAUUUAGUUGGUCACACAAAUUUUUUCUGGUAAUGUUCACCUUUUUUUAAAGCCCCUGUUUCUCAAGCUGAUUAACCCCCUCACCAGCUACUAAGUUCUAAGGGAUUAGAGGUCAAUCAGCACUUUGCAGAGUUGCACCAGUAAAAUGGUUAGUCUAAAAAUUUGAAUUCAAGAAAAGAAAUUAAAGUUUGAAUGAAAACUUCGUUAAAUGUUAUGUUUCCUUUAAAAACUUCUAUAUUUGGGGUUUUUUUAGUCAGAACCAAUCUGUUGACUUCUAACCAACUCUAUGAAACACAUUGAAAAACAUUUGGCUUUGGAUUAUGUGUGAUUAUGUGUGAUCAUUACUGAAAUCUAAGGAAAUUAUAAGACAUCCAAAUGCAGAAUUUGUCUUAUUUGGAAAGCUAUAGAUACACACUUAGAAAAAUAAGUAUCACUAAAACUAAGUCUUCCUUUUAUCCCAGAAGGUAGCAUUUUACUAUAUUUAUUUGAUUGCGCUGUUCUAUUGAUUUAUGACACUAGUCUAGAGAUUAGGAGGUUAGAAACAAGAGAAGACUGCUAGCAACCUCACAGAAGAAAGUAGUCUGAAGGGAGAAAUGUUUCCUCCCAGAAACAGCUGAGAUUUUCUGAUUUGAUUAAAACGCUACCCAUUAACUGAAAGCCAAUUUUGGUAUCUCCACACUGGUGUCAAAAUCAUUAUUGUCACAGGUAUGAAGACAUACUUUAGUCUAUAAGCAAACUCUAUAAACACUAUGACUUUUAAAUUUUAAAUUAAAGUGUUAAAUAAUUCAGUUUGAGUCUCUACUGGCACUUUACUUUUAUAGCUCUUUCUAGUGAGGGGACUAUUAAUGUAUUAUUCUCAUUCAUUAUUUUCACAGAUAUAAACAAUACUUAUUUUUUACAACUAUAGAAGAAUAAUUAUAGUAGAUUAUUUUGAUUGCACAUGUCAAAAAUGAUGAGCCUUUCUAUUAUAGUCUCUUGUAAAACCUGCAAGUCCAAAUUUACCACUGUUCGUGAUGCAUUAUAGACAGUUUCAGACAGGAUAUAAUUUCUUACUUUUUAAAAGACUACAUAAAUUUUUGUCUACUUCAGCUUUUUAGAAUGUUUAAACACAUUAAGCUUUAGCAAAUGUGCAAUUUUUGUAGUUCACUGUUGUGUUAGUACAAACAAAUUUGGUCAGCAGCUCUCUUGGAUCUUCUCUGACAAGAAGCACCUCAGUUCCUGUUAUUUGAUUUUUAAUAACAUUUAAUUAUUUGGUGAAUGCAGUAUAGAAAGCUAGCACAGUAAAUUAUUUGAAAAACCUUUCAGCUGUACGAUUUGGUCCUCAAGGACUAGAUCACAGAGUUUUCACUUAUAUAUGUUUGUGGAUGACUGGGACCCACCUAGCAUUGGUGUAUUGUUUAAUUUGAGAAAAUACCUGCUUUUAAAUGCUUUACUAUAGAAUUCAGUUAUGACAGAAGGAAUACUAUCCUAUUGGGUGAGGACUCCUCCAGUCCCACUAUGUGCAAUGGACCAGACAGCUAUUUCCCUGUUUUUCAAGUUCCCCACAAUUAUCUGUCUCCUCUAAAAUUUUUCUGUGCAGCUUCAGCAUAAAAUCCAGAUAGUAUGAUAGUAUCUUUCUGAGAGAAAAAGAAAAGCACUUUUUUUACAUGACAUUAGUGCUCAGCUGACACAACAUGAUUAUGUUAUGCAUCCUAUUACAAAUUUAUAUAUUGACUGCUAAGUAGGAAGAGAGAUUUGCAGUAGCUUUUGGAGAAUACUGAACUGUCUUCUUUUCUUCUGAUCUCAUUAUGUUCUGUUCAACAAGUCUGUUUUUUGAUGAAAUCAGUAAGCAUCUUGGUGGUGGAUGCAUGUUUAGUCUUUGUGAGAGACACUGUAUUAACACUGUUGAAAUCUAACAGGUGAAGGGAACAAAUGAACUCAACUGUUCUAGUAAUUUACUGUGCUAGCUUUCUAUACCACACUCACACAGGCAACAGCAUUUUAGGUUGGUAUGUAUUGGCCUGUUACCGUGUCUCAUCCACUUGUGAAAAUGAGCUCAUUCAAUCCUUGCAUAGUACUAAGUCAUCUAAUUAAAGACUGUGUUUGUGUGAAAUGUCGUCACUUGUCUAAAGGUUGUUCUGGAAGAAACUGUAACUGUACAGUAUAUUGGGAAAAAAAAAAGCCCACAAAAUCUGUGAUUUCAUUUGUUACAACACUGACUUGGAUGUUUUGAAAUCAACAGCUUUUAGGUGAAUGGUUCUAUAUGCUGUUAAAGUUAAGCUAUAGUAACCAGUAUGCCCUCUGUUUUCCUUUUUAUUCCACAUACUGUUCAAGGAUAAUGAUACUUGGAAAAGAAUGGUGGCAUUUCUUUACUUCUCGAUUCUGAUGAGAGAAAACUAAUUUAAAAUCAAGGAUUAGCAGCCUUUUGAGGGUAGUCUCCCAGACUAUAUUUUUGUUUUUCAACUUUGAGGUUAAACAUGAUAGUAGAAACUCAGUGAGAGCUAGAAGAUUCCAUUCUGGGAAAUUAUCAUCAUCAGUGAUAUCUCAUGUGUGUGACCUGUGGGCUUCUGGCUGUUCUGGCCUUUGGAAGGUCCCCGUGAGAUGCGGUAGCUGUAAGAUACCUAAACCUUGCUCAACCUUGGUGUGUGCAAUUCAAGACAGAUGACAUGCUAUAGACUUUUGCCUUCUGUUCUUACAUGAUUAUAAAGGUCUUUAAGUAUCCUUGCAACAUAUGAGGUUAGUUCAAGGGCUAAAUAAAAAUCCAUAGGACUUUGGAGAGUAAUUUUCUCUGGAAAAAAUAUAUUCCUAAAGCUGCUUCUCAAAGUGGCCUUCCAUUAACCUUCCUUUCAUGCAACUUUUCUGACCUGCAUUUAAGUGUAAUAGUAGCAACAAGGGAAAUAAAAAGGUAUAUUUUCAAAGGUACAAAUGGAAGGUAGAACUCUAGCUUUUUUAUCAGAAGUUUUCUGCAUGUUUGGAAAUCUUCUACAUCGUUGUCUUUACAGGGACAUGACUGUAGAGCUUACAUUCCAAGUUUGGAUUUUUGUAACAACAUAGGAAGUUACAAAACCUAACAUUAAAAAUGCUAUUUUUUUAAGAUGCCUGAAAAAAAAUAUUUUUUUAAUGUAUUUACAUGCUGUCAUGCCAUACCGUGCACAGAGCAGAACAGUGUUUUUUCCAACAUUAAUGAAACUGAGAAAUGAUGGUGCAAAUUAGAUUUUAAAAUUGAAUGUACAGUAAUUACAUGUACACUUCCUAUACAUGUAACCAAGAAGAUUGCAUAUCACAUUGUAAAUAUAGAUUACUUGUUUACAUGGAAAUUUUAUUGAGAAACUAAAAGAUAUUGCCAAAUAUUUUCUAUUUCAGAAGACUCUUUUGUUUCUAUUUCUUCUCUUUCUAACUGUUCUCAAGAACUUAAAGAAUUAUUUUAUUGUUUUAUUACUCACGGUACUGAUUUGUAGAUGAAAGCAAAUGUUUAAUUACAAUGUCUAUUUUCCUUAUUCUUUUUUUGUGUCUUAAUAAAAAUGAUUUU